UUAUGAGCAUUUUGCACGUAGACUGAUCUAUUUUCGUUUGGUCGGAUUGAAAGCUGGGAUGUGUGGCAGCUUACUCUGAUAGAUUACUCCUCUCAUUGUGUUUCUGGGCUCGGUUUUUAAGCUCUAGCUUGUGAUUUGCCUCUUGUGCAGCAUGGCGACAGCGGUGAUCAAGCCGCAAUGCCAUGCGGCUCUCGCCAGCGCAUCGCGCGCGCGACUGGCGAAGUCGUCGUCGUCGCAGCCGUCGCACAUGAAAUCGCCGAUCUACGGCCGGCCCGUCGCCGCCAGCUCGUACCUCGAGUCGCACGCCGCGAUCGUCGCAGCGUCGCCGAUCGCAGCCACUCCGGCCUCGGCAAUUCGCAACCGUCGCGAGAAGCGCCGCGCCGUCGCCUCCGCAGCAGAAGGUGAAGCGGCGGGAGCUGCGCCGGUGCCGGCGGCUCCCGCGGCGGUGGUGCCGUGGAGGGGCGCGAAUAUGAAGACGCUGGGCGUGGCGGUGGCGACGGGCGUGGCGGUGUGGUACUGCCCGCGGCCCGAUGGCGUGGCUGCAAACGCGUGGCAGCUGUUGGCGAUCUUCCUCGCGACGAUCAUCGGCAUCAUCACUCAGCCGCUGCCGUUGGGAGCGGUGGCGCUCAUGGGGCUGGGCGUGAGCGUGCUCACCAAGACGCUCACCUUCGCUGCCGCCUUCAGCUCCUUCGGUGAUCCCAUCCCGUGGCUCAUCGCGCUCGCCUUCUUCUUCGCCAAGGGCUUCAUCAACACGGGGCUCGGCAACCGCGUGGGUUACCAGUUCGUCGCCGCUUUCGGCAGCACGUCGCUGGGCCUGGGCUACAGCCUCGUGCUGUCGGAAGCCAUGCUCGCGCCCGCCAUCCCCUCCGUGUCCGCACGCGCGGGCGGGAUCUUCCUCCCGCUGCUGAAGGCGCUCUGCCAGGCGUGCGGCAGCCGCACGGACGACGGGACUGAGAAGAAGCUGGGUGCCUGGCUCGUGCUGACGUGCUUCCAGACGUCCAUCAUCUCAUCCGCCAUGUUCCUCACCGGCAUGGCCGCCAACCCCCUGGCAGUGAACCUGGCGGCAGGCGCCAUCGGGCACACGAUCGGGUGGACGGAGUGGGCCAAGGCGGCCAUGGUGCCGGGACUCAUCUCGCUGGCCGUCAUGCCGGCGCUGCUGUACGUCAUCUACCCGCCCGAGAUCAAGUCCAGCCCCGACGCGCCCAAGCUCGCCAAGGAGAAGCUGGCGGCCAUGGGGCCCAUGAGCACCAACGAGAAGAUCAUGGCGGCCGUGCUGGUUGGCACGGUUGGCCUGUGGGUGUUCGGUGGCGUGCUGGGCAUUGACGCGGUGACGGCCGCCAUAAUGGGCCUGAGCGGGCUGCUGAUAACGGGCGUGGUGACGUGGAAGGAGUGCCUGGGGGAGGGCGUGGCCUGGGACACACUCACCUGGUUUGCGGCGCUCAUUGCCAUGGCCAACUACCUCAACAAAUUCGGGCUCAUUGCGUGGUUCAGCCAGACUGUUGUCAACGUCGUGUCAUCCAUGGGUCUGGCCUGGCAGCCAGCCUUCGGCCUCCUCGUGAUCCUCUACUUCUACUCGCACUACUUCUUUGCGUCCGGCGCGGCGCACAUCGGAGCCAUGUUCGUCGCCUUCAUCUCAGUGGCCUCUGCCCUCGGCACGCCGCCCCUGCUCGCUGCCAUGGUGCUCUCCUUCGUCUCCAACCUCAUGGGGGGCAUCACGCACUACGGGAUUGGGUCCGGCCCGCCGUUCUACGGGUCGGGGUACGUGUCGCUGAAUGAUUGGUGGUUCUACGGGUUUAUCUGCAGCGUGGUGAAUCUGGUGAUCUGGCUUGGAGUGGGUGGCGUGUGGUGGAAGUUUCUGGGGAUCUGGUAAACGGAAUGAGGAAGGGGUGUGGAGUGGAGGGGAUAUAUCAUGCGCAAAACUUAUGUAGCGUGCAGUGCAGAGCAGACUGUUUCUUUAGGGUUGGUGUAUCAACACCGUAGAUGGUUGAUUAUCACAAGCUAUUGAACAGAGAGAUCCAUGGCCAUUGCAUUUUGAGUUCGGAUUUACAAGCCCCAUGUGAACAUGAGUGACAAUAGUAU